AUGUCGAUCUUCUAUUCACGAGAAGCAAGUGAAACUCCGUUUCGCUUUCGUUACCAGUGGGUCUCGUCGGCUCUAAGAUCGUAUGAUGACGAAGACAAUGUGGAUGUAUCACCGUCAGUUGCAACGACGGUGAAGCGGUUACCAUCAACCCCACCCCCAAUUUCGUGGACGACGUCAACAACUCAACAACCUGAUGCUCCAAGAAAAAGUCUUUCAGCAAAAUAUAUCGAAGAGAAAUCAAAGAUUUCAAGCCCUGCAAGAGAAGAAAAGCCGUACGAGAAUCCUUUUAUCAUGGAUCACAGUCAGAGUACUGAUCAAAUCGUGGCAACUCAACAUAGUUCUGAAGACGGACACAUUCAGACAAAAACGCUUUACCCAGAUUUCUCAAAAUCUUCUGAACUUGCUGGCGAACGCAUGGCUCGCCCUUUAACUCUCAAGAACAUGGAAACAUCUUCUUCUGAAAGCGAGGAUGAAGAACAUCAACCCGUUGAUCUUAGCCCAUUACCACCAGAUCUUGAUACAGUUAUAAUCGCUGGUGACGGUAAUCCUGUUCGCCACUCCUUAUUGAGCUUAGUGAUGGAAGAAGAUAUUCCCGCUUUGAUGGAGGCCAUGAGUGAAAGGUUUACUUGCGAGUUCGAGGAUCUAGAUGAAUCUCGUCCGUCCACCUCAUCAAUAUUGCACCCACCAGAAACUAGAAAGGAACCUGCAGAAGUCGGUCUGACCCAUGAUGAGGACGAUUUCCACGUUGAUGGGGUCACUUCUCGUUUUGACUAUCCGCCAGCCCACAAUGACAGUAACACCAUGUGCGUAUAA